AUGAAUACUAAGGUGAUAGACUUCGGCAGUUCGUGUUACGAGCAUCAAAGGGUGUACACAUACAUCCAGUCGAGGUUCUACCGCGCACCGGAAGUCAUGAUGGGCGCCAAGUAUGGCAUGCCCAUAGAUAUGUGGUCGCUGGGAUGUAUUCUGGCGGAACUUCUUACAGGGUUCCCCCUUCUCCCGGGCGAAGAUGAAGCGGACCAAAUGGCGUGUAUCAUUGAGCUACUGGGUAUGCCACCCCAGAGGCUGAUAGAGCAGGGCAAACGUUCCAAGAACUUUAUCAGCAGUAAAGGUCUACCAAGAUACUGCACUGCUACUACACUGCCAGACGGUACCACAGUUCUAAGUGGGGGUAUGUCAAGGAGAGGCAAGCCACGUGGUCUUCCCGGCUCAAAGAGCUUUGUGACAGCCCUAAAGGGCUGCCAGGACAAAUAUUUUAUCGAUUUUAUUAGAAGGUGUUUAGAAUGGGAACCAGAGAAGCGUCUGUCACCUGCGCAGGCGUUGCGACACGCGUGGUUACGCCGGCGUUUGCCCCGCCCACCUCACGACGAAGAACCAAACCACUCAACUAGCGUAUCAGGCGGGGCGGGCGGGACGAGCGUGGCGGGCGGAGCGGGGGCGGGCGGCGCGCGAGGCGGUUCCCUUAGGACGCCGCUCGCGCGCACGCCCGUCACUUUCAAUGCCUCACAAGUCGCCAAAGCGAAGCUCCAAGCGGCCUUAUCGGAAGAGGGCAGCGGCGUGAGCGCGGGCAGCGGCGCGGGCAAUGCGCGGUACUGGGCAAGCAAGCUGCCCCACUUACCUGCACCUUCCUAG